CAACACUGGUUUGAAGUUUUUUUGUGUUCUGCGUCAUUACUAGUUUGCUUUGUGAAUUCUGCGUGCUUUUUGAUUGCUUUUAUCUACUUUUCGCGGCAUAAUUUCAUCACCGACAAAAAUAAGUUACAUACAUUCCAAAACGCAAAAGCGCUAACUCGAAAUGGCUGGAACAUCUCAGAAAUACAGAAAUUUUGUUGCUGAGCCUAUGGGCAACAAAUCAGUGACGGAGUUGGCUGGUAUUGGUGAGACGCUAGGCGGACGCCUCAUUGAGGCUGGAUUCGAUAAGGCUUAUACAGUGCUGGGCCAGUAUUUGAUAUUGAAAAAGGAUGAGGAACUGUUCAAAGAUUGGAUGAAGGAAGUAUGCAAUGCGAGCUCGAAACAGGCGUCUGAUUGUUACAACUGUUUGAACGAUUGGUGUGAAGAAUUCCUGUAAAAGCAUUUUAAUUACUUUGUCACUCACGUAUUGUUGGCGUGAAACUCGAAGCAGUGCACAUAAAAAAUGUUUCGUAUUUUAUGAAAAUUUGUAUGAAAACUUUCUUAUAUAAGUAAUAUCUAAAUGUAAUUUUUAAUGCAUAAUUAAAUGUCUGUUAACAUAAAAGUAACUAAAAAUGUAGCGAACUUAAAUAUUUGCACAAACUUAAAUUCUUAAAUAGAAGCAAUCAUAAAUACUCACUUCAAUUCCAACUAGUGCAAUUGGCGUUUUCCUACAAGGGAAACGUUAGUUCAGAAGAAACAAAUAAACUAAUGGAUAUCAAAAUACUA